ACCAUACUAUCACGGUUGAGUUUCUUUUUGGUUUGUAUUAUCAUUUAAUGCAUUCACAAUAAAAUAUGUUCCGGAUGACUUACAGUCAAUUUUACAAUAGAUAAAGGAAGAGCAUCAAUCACAAACUCAUGAUAUGAACUAAAGCAUUGACUGAAGCGGUAUGGUUGGGGUAAGGAUCGUCCAGAAAUAAAUUAACACAUUAUUAAAAUAUGAUAUUGAACAGCAGAUGCAAUCUUCAUAUCUAAAAAAUCAAACCGAAAGAGGUUUAACUCGUUUGCUGAUUCAAUUUCACUUUAAUAAUCAUCAUCAUUAAAGGAAGUGUGAUAUUUUCAGUGAACGAUAUAAAUAAUUAACAUUCUCACGUUAGGAUUCCCAAAAUAUGAGUCAUUUAAUUGCACAAUUUGAAUAUUUGGAAUUUUGGUAGAAAUGACGUUAACAAUUUAGGAUCAUUUUGUUAGAGACGAAUCCAAUCAUGGGAGUCUCCAUAUACUGUACACAUGCGUGUACGUCGCUUGUAACAAAAAAAUCAGACUAUCCCAUUACAAGCUUCGGCCUUCAAAUUGAGAUGUCAAUAGAAUCCCAAUAUUAGGUUUGUCAAAGGAUCUCCACUCAUAUUCUGUUGAAAUCUCUCCGGUCGGGUAAUCUUGACUAAUGUGUCAACACAAUACAACAGCUCAAAAUACGGCAGAAUCGACUGCUAGUGUAAUACUGCUUCCGAAUAAAUGGCGUGAAUGAUGAAGUGUUUAUAUUUUUCAUUUGCCCGCUUGGGAGCUCUAUGCUAAUGGACAAUGUGGUUUUGGAGAGAUUUAAACCGCCCUUAGUAAUGAUUAUUAACCAUGCUACGCUCCGAUGGAACAUCAAUAUGUUGUGUAGUAGAUUAUCAGGUAUGAUAGGUGUAAACAAGUAGUUUCGUGCAUAUUUCGGGGCUGACAUCAUUAUGGUUAACACCACCACCACGGAACCAGUAACCGACUAACAGAAAAAACGAGGAUGACAUCAAACUACGCUACUUUUGGUUUCGUGAUGGUGUAGGCAGGAAACCAUCGGGUGUUUUCAGGCUUCUAAGAUUUCAGGUUUGGACGACGUAGGCCAAUCUUACAUUGACAAUGAACGCAACUACCAGGAUGGCCGCGGCAGUCACGGCAGGAUCGAGUGUGUCUUAUACGACACCUACUAUAGUCAACCAUUCCUGUACCUUCGUGCUUCUCGACGAUGAAUGUGACCUGACCAUUCUCCUCUCUACUAUCAUGUUCUUCACCACCCUGUUUAACAUCGUAUUCGGGGUUAUCGCCAACUUUCUCGUGAUCGGCGUGAUUCUCGCGUCUCGCGAGAUGUGGACAAUCCCGAGCAUCUACAUUACGAAUCUUGCAAUCUCGGAUGUGAUGGCGCUGUUGUUUGUAGCAGGGUCGAAUUGUUAUGAGUAUUACAUCGGAGCAUUCCAAGUAGAGGAAUACCAAAGCACACAGACUUUCGUAUUCUACAUGGAGUUGGUGACUGUUAUGGCAACCGUUGCAAUGAUGAUCGCCCUCACCGUUGACAGGUUCUUUGCUAUCGUCUACCCCUUGCGAUCCCAGAAGUAUCGUACUAAGAAUCGUGCUAUCAAAAUCUGUGUUGCCGUCUGGAUUUUUUCGUUCUGUUUUGGAGGCACUUAUUUCGGUGCUCCCAUCGAAAGUAAAAAUCUGGAAGCUUGGAAGGAACCUAAUGCCAAAUAUCUGAUCUCAUUGGGAGCUGUCUUCACGUACAUCAUCCCUCUUCUCAUCAUCUUCGGUUGUUACACGGCGAUUAUGCGCACCAUCUGGAAGAAUCGUAUUUCUGACGAGCGAGCAUCGGACCAAACGCGAAAGAGACGGAAUAAACAGAAACACGCAGUGUUACGCGCAUCCAUGCUCGUGGUCGUUCUAUUUGCUGUCAUCCAAGGAUUCUACAUCGCAACUUUCUUGUGGAUUGCAUUUGGCGGAUCUCUCUUAGUGGACCCAUCCCUCGUCAUCAUCGUAUUCAACGUUGCUCAAGGAUUGUAUCAACUAAACAGUCUUAUCAAUCCGUUUUUGUACGCCCUCUCGCAUGAAAAGUUCUAUCACUCAAUCUGGCGUGUGAUUUCAUGUUCCUCUACUUGCUGCCGAUGGAAGACAUCCCUGAACAUUCACCUUCCUCGAGCGGCCAAACCAAACGGAGUAGAGCGACCGUCUGAAGCGUCUGAGGUGAAUGGCGGAGGAGAAUGGAAGUCUCAAGGAGUCUAUAACCUUGCCUAUGAAGUCAAUACGCCAGAAGUCUCGACUAGAUUGUAACUAAAAGCAGUGGCGUAGCCUGGGA